UAAACCACAGUCCACAGCACCAAAAGAACUCUCAGAAUUCCCUUAACACACGAAAAGGAAAAGGCACCAGAAUCAAAUCCCAGAGAUGGCUUCUCCCUACAGAACCCAGUCCGCUAAGAGAUGGCUUCCUCUUGAAGCUAAUCCCGAUGUUAUGAACCAGUUCCUUUGGGGAUUGGGUCUUCAAGAGGAUGAGGCAGAAUGCUAUGACGUUUACGGUUUGGAUGGAGAACUCUUAGAAAUGGUUCCAAAGCCUGUACUUGCUGUGCUGUUUCUUUAUCCUUUGACCCCUAAGACUGAAGAAGAGAGAAUGAUGCAGUUAAAUGAAAAACAGGAAACCAAAGAUAAUGUUUAUUUUAUGAAACAAACCGUGGGCAAUGCUUGUGGAACUAUUGGACUUCUGCAUGCUGUUGGAAACAUCACUUCAGAGAUCAAACUUGUUGACGGGUCAUUCUUGGAUAGAUUUUUUAAAAGUACUGCAAGCAUGGAUCCAUUGGAGCGUGCAGCAUUCCUUGAAAAUGACAAUGAAAUGGAAGUUGCUCAUUCAGUAGCAGCUACUGCUGGUGACACAGAGGCUUCAGAUGACGUUGACACUCACUUUAUCUGCUAUGCAUGUGUGGACGGGGAACUAUAUGAGCUUGAUGGGAGGAAGUCAGGUCCAAUCUCUCACGGCCCGUCUUCACCAACCACUCUAUUGCAGGAUGCAGCUAAAGUCAUACAGGGCAUGAUCCAGAAAAAUCCCGAGUCUCUCAACUUCAACGUCAUUGCCAUUUCAAAGAAAUCCGGGGGAUUUUCUUAAGUUGGAGGCUUCCAAGCCCCUCAAAAAUGGUUGAAAUUUCAAUGUAGGCAUUUUCAUACUGAACUAUCCUUUUCCCAGUUAAUAUUUGCUAGCUUCGUCUUUUAGCAUAAGCUGCCUGGAUUUAGUCCAUGGUAAACAAUCCUUAAUCACUGUAACCAACUGGUAUGGCAUCAAUUGCGAGUAUAUGGAUGGAGUAACCCCAUUUUGCUAAACUGAAUGCUAUGUUAAAUAUUUCCUGGUCGAAAGCAAUGUUUGUGUUUAUUGGA